CUUGUUGUCUUGUCAGUGUUAGUGUGUCAGCAGGUUCCGGUGAUUAAGACAUCAAUGAAGGCACGCACGGUGGGAAGCUGCUGGGAAUGGUCUUAGGAGACAGACUGUAAAGAAAACGUCAACAGCGGGCUAAAUCCUGAACCGAGUGCAUCAGCCGUUUUGUACAAACUGAAGAUACCUUAUUAAAAUGAGUGGAGCUGCUCUAGGAAUUGAGAUUGUAUUUGUCUUUUUUCUGGCUUUAUUUCUUCUUCACCGAUAUGGAGAUUUUAAAAAACAGCACAGACUCGUAAUAGUGGCAACUCUUUUAGCCUGGUAUCUCUGCUUCUUGAUAGUCUUUAUCAUACCUCUGGAUGUUAGUACGACUAUAUAUAAUCGCUGUCUUGCUAGAAAUGCAGUUCCGCCAGUCACUGUCAACACAAGUCUCUUUUCCACCACUACGACAGCAGCCACAAUAGACAAUGUUUCUGGACUUCAACUUGAAAAGAAUGCAGACAGCAGUGAUAGUCCCUCGCCUCAGUGUUAUAAGCCAUGGAGCUAUAUCCCCAAGGGUAUCAUGCCAAUAUUCUGGCGGGUCGUCUACUGGACAUCUCAAUUUCUUACUUGGAUUCUCCUCCCAUUCAUGCAGUCCUAUGCUCGAUCUGGUGGAUUUUCCAUUACCGGGAAAAUUAAAACUGCCCUGAUUGAGAAUGCCAUUUAUUAUGGCACCUACUUGUGCAUUUUUACAGCGCUUCUCAUCUAUGUCGCAGUGAACCCGAAAUUUCACCUGGAGUGGUACCAACUCCAAACCAUUGGGAUUGCUGCUGCCAAUACAUGGGGUCUCUUUCUCCUUGUUUUGUUGAUGGGUUAUGGUUUGGUGGAAAUCCCUCGUUCUCAUUGGAAUGGAGCCAAGAAAGGUUACCCCUUGAUGAAAACCUAUUUUAAGGCAGCCAAACUAAUGACAGAGAAAGCAGACGCCGAGGAGAACCUAGAAGAUGUGAUGGAGGAAGUCCGGAAAGUGAAUGAAUGCAUUAAAUAUAAUCACCCAUUACGGAAAUGUGUAGACACAAUUUUAAAAAAGUGUCCUACAGAGUACCAGGAGAAAAUGGGUAGAAACAUGGAUGACUAUGAAGACUUUGAAGAAAAGAAUAUAAGUUAUCCUAGUGAGAAAACACUAGUAAAACUUCACAAACAGGUUAUCUACUCUGUGCAGAGACAUCAUCGAACGCAGGUGCAAUGGCGAAUCCUUCUGGAGCAGGCCUUCUUUCUGGAAGAUGUUGCUAAAAAUGAGACAAGUGCAACAAAACAAUUUGUUCGUACAUUCCCCCCCCAAGAGCCAGAAGGUUGGAUCACCCGUCAUUUCUACACUCCUACAGUUGAGUGGUACUGGGAGUGCCUGCUUCGACCCUGGUGUUCUCGAAUCCUGGCUGUGAUCUUGGCAAUGGUUUCAACUGUGGUUGUGUGGUCAGAGUGCACUUUCUUCAGCACUAAGCCUGUCUUGUCUCUCUUUGCUGUAUUUAUACAGCAGGCAGAAAGCACAUACAAUUAUAUUUAUAUUGAGGUGGCCUGCUUCCUCACCAUAUUCUUUUUGAGCAUCUGUGUUUAUUCAACAGUCUUCAGAAUUCGUGUAUUUAAUUAUUAUUAUUUAGCGUCUCACCAUCAAACUGAUGCAUACAGUCUUCUGUUCAGUGGCAUGCUGUUCUGCCGUUUGACCCCUCCGUUAUGUCUCAACUUUUUGGGGCUAACCCACAUGGAUGUAUCCAUCGCUCAUCAGAACACUGAGCCAACUGCUUACACAUCCAUAAUGGGUUCUUUACGAGUCCUGCCUCUUAUUGCCGAUGUCUUCUACAUCUAUUAUCCUAUGCUGGUCGUUAUUCUCUGUAUUGCAACUUACUUUAGUUUGGGGACGCGCUGCUUGAACUUGCUUGGCUUCCAGCAGUUUAUCGGUGAUAAUGAUAUGACCUCUGACCUAACCGAUGAAGGCAAAGAGUUGAUUCGAAGAGAGAAAAGAAAACGUCAGAGAUUAGAAGAUGGUGAAACCCGCAGGAGGGAGUGGAAAGAGAAGUACUCUAACAACAGAGAAGACAACAGCCGAACUAGAAAUAUACAUUCGGAUCAGGCGGAGCCAAGUUACACAGAAAUGACCACAAGCAGAACAUCAAAAUACACGAGGUCAAACAGGACGGAGAGGGAUCGAAUAGAGCUGCUGCAAGACGCAGAACCCUUGGAUUUUAAUGCAGAAGCAUUUAAAGAUGAUCCACUUGAAUCGUCAGAAUCGGGGAGGUACCAACCAGCUGGAAGAUACUUGUCCAUGUCCAAAUCAAACAGCAGAAUAUUUGACGAUGUAUAACAGGAACACAUCCGAGAUAUGUAAAGCUACAGAACCCGUCAACAAAUAUUACCUAGGUCAUAGAAAUAAACACAAACUCGUGGUUUUCUUGUGGAGGAAAUCAAUAUUUGCUCUUUUUGUACACUGAUAAGUGGCCUAUGUCGUUUUUGUUCUCAACUGUACUUUGUUUGCACAUUUAAUGGCAAUAUGCCUACCAACCAAUGUAAACCAUACAUGUGGGUACAGCAAAUCCUAUUCUAGAAGUAAUAUGCGAGUAUAGUUUCAAUUUUGGACCUAGAGCUUAGAAAUACUGUAAAGUAGCAUGCAGGUACUUUUAGCAGGAAAACAAGCUUAGUGGCAAAGCCUGCACGGGAAACACAGACUCUGAAAUACAAAUCAAACAGAAUUACUUUAACUGUAAAUACAAAAUGCUGUUCUUCUUGAGAUGCUGAGUUGCUGAGCUUUUUUAUUGGUUUUCUGUACAGCCUUUGUAAUUCAUAAUGCAUGCUUUCCAAUUGCAGUUUGUAGCAGAGCGUGGAAUUGCAGGAAAACAAUGAGGGUUUGCAUUCAAAAAGAAACUUUCGUGCUAUUAACAUUUAUAUAAAGUGUUUUUGAUUGUACAGUAUAUAUCUCCUCUAUCUCACAUCACAUCAUCCUAUAGAAAGGCAGAAGCAUCACAUUGUAUGCACAUUGUCUGCAUAAUUUGUGCUUUCAUUGGGAGAUUGUAGAGUGCAGCUCACACUGACUGCAAUACUCAAGUGUGCAAAUACAAUUGUAAAAAAACAAAAAGAAAAGGCCAUCGCUUGCUACUCAGUUCAGCUGUCAGAUUUAGGUUCAUUUUGUAUUCUCUUGUGCUUGACAUCUGACAAGCUAAAAUACCAAUAGUGCUUAAUGUAUACAUAUAUAACAUUAUGUAUGAUGACUACAGUAGAAAAUGCCAACACUAAAAACUUGACAAUUCCUCACAAUUUAGAAUUUCUUAAAUGCAAAUUGGUUGGGAAAGGUUGAUACGAUUUAUUUUUGGCAAACUUAUAUAACUCAUAUGAUUCUUUGUCAGCUUAAGGUGUUCUGCUACCUGAGAUAGUAGUAUUUUCUAUCUCUGUUAGCCAGUUGAAAAAAAGGAAAAUCUAAUGAUCAUUCCAUGUGAUGAUUUUUUCAAGGCUAUUCCUAGGUCAAACUUGUACAACUGGACUCAUCACCAUGGGAACCAAUGAAUGCUGAAUGCAUCACUUUUAGAACUUUGUCUCCACACUUGCUUUUUGUGCAGGAAUCGCACAGAACGGCAUUUAAUCCACA